CGGCGGCCUCAGUGCGCCGCACAGAGGCGGAGGGUUCGCUGUGAGUCGGUGCUGAAGUUCGCGGGCUGAGCGGCUUCGUUUGAGCUCAUGGCGUGUUUUUUCAGGAGAAGCAUCGCAGCGCAGCUCUCCAGGAUCUGCGGAGCUCCUGAAGAUGUGUUCGUUCCUCUGCUGUCUGCCGUCCCCGUCUCGAAGAAACAGUUGACCCCUGACCUCCGUUUGGCGGUAAACUCUCUGGUGAAGAAUGGAGCGCUGUCGCCAGACGCUGACCUGCAGACUCAGACGGAGCGACUGACCAAACAGCUGAGGGUGGACGGUGUUGUUGAGGAGGUCAUCUCCAGCCGUGGGGUCAUAAACUUCAGGAUAAACAAGCGGCUCCUGGCGGAGAAAGUGCUGGAGCAGCUUCACGCCGAGCCGCAGAGUUUCGGAGUGCAGAGCGAGCUCCUCCGAAGGCUUCAGAGAGGGAGGACGCUGGUGGAGUUCAGCUCGCCAAACAUCGCCAAGAAGUUCCAUGCCGGACACCUACGAUCCACCAUCAUCGGAAAUUUCAUUGCCAACCUGAAGGAGGUUCUGGGUAACGAGGUGAUCCGGGUGAAUUAUCUGGGAGACUGGGGGAUGCAGUUCGGGCUGUUGGGGGCGGGGUUUCAGCGUCUGGGCUCACAGGAGAAACUCAGAGAGAAUGCACUGCAGCACCUGUUCGAGGUGUAUGUCCAGGUGAACCGGGAGGCGGAGCAUGAUGAGAGCGUCCGAUUGGCUGCGGCUGAGUUUUUCAGACGGCUGGAGCAGCAUGACGAGCAGGCUUUGUCGCUAUGGAAACAGUUCCGGGAGAUUACAGUGGAGGAGUACAAGAAGAUCUACGAGAGGUUAGGAGUGAGUUUUGAUCAUUACUCAGGAGAAUCCUUCCAUCAGAGUAGAGCUCAGGAGGUGCUAAAGGAGCUGCGAUCUCAGUGUCUGCUGAAAACGACAGAGAAGGGGACGGGCGUGGUCGAUCUUUCUGCAGCAGGUGAUCUGUCAUCAUACGCUACUUUAGUGCGCAGUGACGGAACGUCGCUCUACAUCACCAGGGACGUGGCUGCCGCCCUCGACAGGAAAGAGACGUUCCACUUUGAUGAGAUGAUUUAUGUGACAGAUAAGAGUCAGUCCGUCCAUUUCCAGCAGCUGUUCCAGAUCCUGAGGGUGAUGGGUCAUCACUGGGCUGAGAGGUGUGUUCAUGUCCCGUUCGGGCUGGUGUUGGGGAUGAGCUCACGGCUCGGGGAGGUGGUGCUGCUGGAGGACGUGCUGAAUGAAGCUCGAUACAGGAUGCAGCAGAACAUGCAGGAGGCCAAGACCUCUAAAGAGCUGACAGAUCCAGAGCUCACAGCAGAGCAGAUAGGUGUCAGUGCGCUCAUCAUACAGGACUUCAAAGGGCCGCUGAUUUCUGAUUAUAAGUUUGAUUGGCAGAAGGUCCUGCAGGCUCAGGGAGACACAGGAGUGUUUCUGCAGUACACACACGCUCGCCUGCGCAGCUUGCUGACGAUGCAUGGAAGCGGGAAUCACACGCACUUCAAUCCGUCUCACCUUCAGGACAGCAGGAGCAUCUCAAUCCUGCAGCACCUUCUGAGGUAUGAUGAGGUUCUCCUUCAGUCUGCAUUGGACCUGCAGCCACGGCACCUGGUCAACUUCCUCAUCACUCUGAGCCACCUGGCAGCGUCUGCCCACAGAGAGCUCCCAGUGAAGGGAAGCCCUGCUGAGGUGGCUCAGGCCAGGCUCCGCCUCUUCUCCUGCACAUGCUCAGUCCUGGCCAAUGGGAUGAAGAUUCUGGGCAUCACACCGGUGGAUAAGAUGUGAACGUUUUUAUAGGAUAAAUAAAAAAUGAACACUGUAAAGCCUCUGUGUGGCGCUGUAGAGCCUGUUUUCUGGCUCAGAUGAAAUUACAUUAAACGAUGAUGAAGAAUU